GGCACUUAUUGCAGGGACUCUGGUUUGGGUGGAUUAUGAACGGCUUUGGACACCAGCCUGCAUCCAACCACCAGACCAGUCCCAUUCAGCACCACAGCGCCCAGGAGCUCCUGGACAUGGCCGUCUACUGCGACAACUACGGCGUGUACCAGCAGAACCUUCACCACCACCCACAGAGGCCGCCGGCCCACUCCUCCAGCUACGGUCUGAGUGACUACACCUCCCCGUCCGCCAACCCCUACCUGUGGCUUAAUGGACCGGCCAUCAACUCCUCUCCGUACCUCCCCGGGAACAACAGCUCGUCCUACAUGCAGCCCGGGUACGGCUCGAACCAGAGACAGUUCCUCCCGCCUCCCACCGGGUUCGGUGGCGCCGACCUGGGCUGGCUGUCCAUCUCCAGCCAACAGGAGCUCUUCAAGAUGGUCAGGCCGCCUUACUCCUACUCUGCCCUGAUAGCCAUGGCCAUCCAGAGCGCACAGGACAAGAAGCUGACUCUGAGUCAGAUUUAUCAGUACGUGGCUGACAACUUUCCUUUUUAUAAGAAGAGCAAAGCCGGGUGGCAAAACUCCAUCCGGCACAACCUGUCUCUGAAUGACUGCUUCAAGAAGGUAGCGAGGGACGAGGACGACCCAGGAAAGGGAAACUACUGGACUCUGGACCCGAACUGUGAAAAGAUGUUCGACAACGGGAACUUCAGACGGAAGAGGAAAAAGAGAUCGGAUAUAAACGGCUCUCUCCCGGUCAAAUCAGAGGACGCUCCGCAUAAACUCUCCGACACCGCCAGCCUGCUGACGCCUUCCCCGUCCAGCCUGCACGGAUCUCCGGCCUCCACGGAGCCAAAAUCGUCGCCGCCUCCCUCUGCGGAGCACAGCCCAUGUUUCAGCAGCUUCGUGUCCGGCGUCAAUUCGUUGCUGGCGGGCAGCGACGGCUCCGGGGCCCCUGGGGGACUGUCCCAGAGCAGGGAGAGCAUGUCGGGACUGGGAUCCUACUCUCCCUCCUUAAUCUCCCCUCUGAACUCUGACAACAGAAUGAACUAUUACACAUCAGCGCAGAGCCUCUCCAACCACUUCAGCGUUAAUAAUCUGCUAUACAGCCGGGAGGGAACAGAGGUUUAGGCGGUUUGCUACUUCUAUGGUAUGGAGCUCACAAAGUGCCAUAUUUGGAUAAAUAAAUAAUUACACCGUUUACAACAUUUGUGUCAAGAAUUAUAACAUACAAACAUAUUAAAUAUGGCAAAUUUAGUGUUUAUGUUUUGACAGAAAUAUCCCCAUGGCUCUCUAUGGCCAUUUUAAUAAUUAAAAUAAAUAUAAAUAAAUUCAUCAAAUUUGCAUUGUACCAAAUAUGCCUUAAUAUUUACUUUACUAACCAAAGAAAAAGGAGGGAGGAGACGAGGAAAUCACAAUUCUUUUAUUUAAUAGCUGUGCAUUGUGGAGUUUAAAAAUUGUCAGAUUUCACAAUAAUAAAUUAUGUAUGAAUUAAAAACAGUUUACACAAAUACAUAAUUUCACUCUUUGCCAAAUGCUACACACUUUUUUUUUUUUUACAUAAAAAUAUUCUGGAAACCAGAGUUUGUGAAACAAAAUUGAGUAACAUGGAGAUCCACAGGUGCCACAUAAAUAAAUAAAUAAAUACCAUGGUCAAAAUAAAGUAAUUCAUUUGUUAUGCCUGUAUUUUAAGAAAUCUGUUGUUUGAACAAGAUAAAUUUUUUUUACUUCAUUUUAUUUGUCAGACUUGCCUAUCAGUCGAUUGGUGAGAUAAUUAUUCUGAAGUAAGACAACUGUGUAGGUAAUAGAUCACAUUGUUAUUUGACAAUCCACAUAAAUGGUUUGUUAGUUUGUGCUACCCUGCA